AUGAAGGCCACGGAGGAAGGUUCUGAUCGAAGCGCAGAGAUGAGUAUUUGCAUCGAAGGCAGCGCCAAUCCUCUGCCCGAAUAUGGAGAAUAUGUCGAUCCGGUUGACCAUGCAAUAUGUUCUUAUGUCCCUUUGGAGAAAGGACAGAAGCCAAAAUUCAGUGGAAAAUUCAAAGGAACUACACUGGAUAUCGUGUGCGACGCCUUGAUGGAUGGAAUACACCGCAAAUACUACUCCUAUGGUGCCAGGGCUGUACGAUUCCAAAAGAGCAAAAAGAUUGAAAUCGACAAGUUUCUCUUCAAGACUGAGGACGGAGUUAUUGAUUCCCAGAUGGUGGUGUCUACUCUGGGCAUGGCCACGACUCAAUCGGAUUUGCCAGAGACUAUUGGCACUAUGGAGCUCCGACUCUACUGCACGCGUAAAAUCGGCGUCUCUCAUGAAGUGAAGGGUGUUAAGCAGUAUUACACUGAGGACAACCGAAAGCAAAACAAUGAGGAUAACAGCACGUCCAACAAUGACGACAACCAGAAGCCUGAAAACUCCAAGAAGGGCAGUGAGAAGACUAAUCAGAUUGUAAGCUACAGGCAGGUUGCACCCACAUCUCAACUCGACAUAGAGAGAGACUCUGCUCCUAUCAGCGAACAAGCAAUAGCCAGUUAUUACAACAAGAUGGUUCCAUCGCGACCAGGCAAAGAGCCUUGGGCGAUAUUCCGGUUUCAUUACCGCAGUAAAGAAGCGCUCGAAAGUUCCGGUGUGGUAUGCGACCCCAAGGACAAGAAACCAACCAGUGCACGGGUUCUGUCUUUUUUAGAGCCUGUACCUCCGCUUAUUGUAGAAACAAAGUGUCAUCCUCGCACCCCAGCUGCAAGUGAAGAACCCUUUUCAAAGGCAUCCACUCCUAUAGAGACCAAGCCGGAGUCGCUAGCAGAUCCAGCAGUAACAACAAUGACCCCGGUUGCCGAAAGUACCAUCUCUACAACCAGCGAGUCUGGGGCCAAACGUCUCUCCGCGACUAUCAAUGAGACACUUCCAGAGGCAAAACGCCCAAAGGUCCUCCCACCCUCACCCUCCACAAAAGCCAACUCUCUCAAAAGCCAACUUGCCGAACGCCGCAAGAAGCUUGCAGAGCUGUACAAGAACCACUGUCAGGAAGCUGAGACCUUAGCUACUAUCCAGAGAAAGAUAGAGCCCUACGAACAGCGUAUGAUGGAGGAGCUGGAGCGCAUCAACCAAGAGAUAACGGGGGAGGAGACGGCACUCAAAGAUGUGUUGGAGCGUCGUAGCCACUUUGAGAAAGUGCUCCAGGAGUUUGAAGAUGGCCAAGAUGAUGCCUAG